AUGGCAGAAACGAGGAGAGUCGACUAUGCGAACGAGAAACAAGAAGUCAGCUAUGCAGAGAAUGCACAUGAACCUGCUGAUUCGUCUUUGGAUUUGCAAAAGGAGAUGACGCUUCAAGGUGUCGACAUGAAGAACACUCACGCCGUCAAGGGAGACGACUCUGACGGCAAGAUCAUCUGGAGUGUGCGUAGUAUCUUCGCCGCCAUCUUCCUUGCUGCUCUUUACACCGGAUCGCAGAUCAUUCUCUACUUCACUGGCGGCUCUCUUGCCUUUAUUGCCGCUGAUAACAACAUUACCACUGGAAUUGCUUGGCUCCCAACUGCAAAUAUUCUUGCUAUUGCAGCGGCGUGUCCGUAUGCUGGCUAUCUCCAGGAUCUCUUUGGGAAACGCUACAUUGCCCUAUUCGGCUCAUUUUGCAUUUGCGUCGGAUGCGCACUGGUAGGCUCCGGUCGCUCGUAUGCUCAACUGGUCGCUGGCACGUCACUCUCGUCGCUUGAAGCAACUUAUUCUGACAGCGAUAGGCAUGGCCAUUUCCGGUAUCGGUGCUGCCAUUGGAGAAUUGACUGGUCUCGCUGGUACCGAGGAUACUCGCUUGCCCUCGUCACAGCUUUUGUUAUCCCAUUCUGCCCAUAUUUAAUAUACGUGGAGAUGUGGUCGCACCAUGACACCACGGUGGGCUGGCGAUGGGGCCCUUGGGUCUCCCUCAUGUUCAAUGGUAUCGUGGGCAUUGGUCUCGCAUUCACAUAUUUCCCGCACAAUCAAACUCGCGCAGAAGGGUUCUCGCGCAUGGCAAUUCUCAAGCGUAUUGAUUACAUUGGAGGUUUGCUUUCCAUCACGGGCUUGACGCUAUUCCUUGUCUCGCUCCAGGCAGGCGGAUAUUCGCACCCCUGGAAAUCGAGCUAUGUUCUUGGUACCUUGCUCUCUGGUCUUGCACUCAUUGCUGGCUGGAUUGUCUGGGAGGCCAGGUUUGCUCGCCACCCGAUGAUACCACGAGAGCUGUUUAAAGGUCAACGGAUUGUCGGCCUGGCUUAUGUCGUCGCAUUUACUGCUGGUAUGAAUUUUUUCUCCAUCCUUAAUUUCUUCCCCAUCACAUUCACCAGUGUGUACGAUCCGGUCCCCAUUCGAAUUGGACUGCGUGGUCUGGGUCCCGGCCUCUGCACCGCCGUCGGCGCCAUCGUGUUCAACGCAGCUCUCUCCAAAUUCCCCUACCACACUCGCGAAGUUCUGCUCCUCGCCGUCGUCCUCAUGACCACGUUUGCCGGUGCACUCGGAGCCUCGACACCAGAGAAUGAGAGUAUGACACUUGCAUUCGGGUCGAUUGCUGGGUUUGGUGUGGGCGGCGUGCUCGUCCCCGCUGCUACAAUCGCCAUGUUGGUGUGCCCCGAUGCUAUUAUUACUACCGCUGCUGCACUCUCCCUGUCUAUUCGUACCGUCGGUGGGACAAUCGGUUAUUCCAUCUAUUACAACAUCUUCAUCACGAGGCUCACUAAGAAGCUACCCUUGUACACCGCAGAGUAUGCGGUCAAGGCUGGUCUGCCUCUUUCCUCGGAAGAGUCCUUUGUUGGACUCUUCCUCAUAGAGCCAGCGAAACUAGCAACGACGCCGAUUCCAGGGGUGACGCCCGCGAUCGUUGCGGCGGCGACCAGGGGCACGCAGUGGGCGUACAGUGAGAGCUUGAAAUAUGUCUGGCUCACGUCAAUUGCUUUUGGGAGUGUGGCUGUAAUCUGCACGAUCUUGCUACCCAGUACGGCCAAAUAUCAGACCAAUCGUGUUGCUGUGCAGAUUAGCUAG